UAUCGAUAACAGCUUUCGAUUAAUCAGCAAGCGCUGCGGCAAAAUUUAUUCCUGUGAAGUUUUUAUUCUAAGAGCUGUGAAAAGUUGCAAAGUUUUUAAGAAAACAAAAACAUCAAUGGCAACAAAAGCGUCUUUAACAUUGCCAAUGCUAGCCAAUCGCUUGAGCAACAUUCGGCCCGUGGCAAGCACAAAACGUUUGAGCAACUUACUGCGCUACUCCCAACCACAAUUGCUGCGCGCAUAUAGCACGGAAAAACAGCAGCAACCAGUGGGUGAUGAGACCGCAGCGGCGGAACAAAAAAAGACGCUGUCUCCGGAAAUCGAGCGGCUGACGCAAGAACUGGCGGUAGCAAAAGAACAAAACAGCGAGCUUCUAGACAAAUACAAGCGUGCGCUGGCUGAUAGCGAGAAUAUGCGCACACGACUAAACAAACAAAUUAACGAUGCCAAAAUCUUUGGCAUACAAAGCUUUUGCAAGGAUCUACUUGAAGUGGCCGAUACACUAGGUCAUGCAACUCAAGCAGUACCCAAGGAAAAACUUAACGGCAAUGCUGAUCUGAAGAACUUAUACGAGGGACUAACUAUGACACGCGCCGCGCUUCUACAGGUGUUCAAGCGUCAUGGUUUAGAGCCUCUGGAUCCCAUCAAUCAGAAAUUUGAUCCAAAUCUGCACGAGGCAUUGUUUCAAAAGGACGACGCUACAGUCGAGGCCAAUACAGUUGUAGAGGUUACCAAACUCGGUUACAAAUUGCACGAACGAUGCAUACGCCCCGCUCUAGUGGGCGUGUCGAAAUGCUGAUAGCGGUUAUGCAAGCGGAAAUCCUAUGUUAUGUACUUGCAUAAAACACGCCAUUUACAUAGUAUACCUUACAUUAUUUGCAAAUUUGUCUUAGGUGCAAAAUUCAUGUACGUUACUUGGUAAAUACACAUAAGUUCCCCUAUGUACAGGGAAUUUUCUUAAGAGUUGGCAAAAUUAAAAUUCACUAUUAAUUUUAGUCAACGAUUCCCUAGUUUCUAAGUGCUGUUAGGCCCUUCAGUGUACAACAAAUUUUUACCACAGACGUUGUCGCUAGAUGGGUAAUUUAAGAGCUUUAAAGUUAUUAAACUAUUUGGUUUGUUUUCAAAUUAUGUGUUUGAAUUAGCUAGGUAAUACCUAUUCUAAUUACUUGUGCAAUACAUAAUAAAUGAAUAGCAUUUUUUUUU